AUGGCAACUCCUACUUCCACAGAACAAUCCCUUGCUCGUGCUUCUGGCCCAGAGGACUUUGACAUGGCCCUCUCACUCUGCAAAAGCGCGCUGGUGCGAAUGCAAGCAAAUGGUGAUGAUGAGAGUAUCAACCAAAAGCUUGAAGCAAUGGCUGUCAUGAUGAAGUGCUUUGGGUACAAACAAGCCAACCAUCACGAAACCAGUGCUUCAACGUACGCGCAAUGGGAUCAACUGGAUGAUGCAAUUUGGGUCAAUGGCAUCCUUCCCUUUGUUGGCAUGGGUAUUAUGCCUUUGUGGCAGGAGUCAAUCACAGAAUGA